GCCAAUUUAAACAUUCAAUUCAAUUUCAAUUUCAAUUUCAAGACAAGUGAAUAAAUAAAGAGCUAACAAAUAAACCACCAUCAGUAUAAUGACCAAGUUUGUGGAAGAUUUCGACAAGUUCCUGGGCAAGGCUAUCGACGAUCUUAAUGACAUGUUUGUCGUGUUUGACGACAACUUGGUGUCCAUCGAAUUCCUCAGCCGUGUCGUGUCUUCUCUCCGGUCAUUUCACGCCGAAUUCACGCGCCUGCUGCCCAAACUCCGAUUGCCGGCGAGGGACAAAUGGCUGGAAGGGUACAUGGACGAGAGCUCCCGGCUGUGGGCGGCCGGCCGUUUGAUCAAAAAGGCCGUUUCAAAUUUCGAGAACGGCGAAACUAGUGGCGGUCAUUUAGUUUCUCUCCUGCUUCGUCAUCCUGUUUUAAACCGAGACCGUUCGAUCCAGAUCCAGAGGAACAUAGCUCACUACGAGUGGGAACUAAAUGUAAUCGAAGAAAGGAACAAGAGAUGGAUAGAGACGAAGCUGGAGAAACUGUCCUUGAGAUUUACCAUAAACGUGUGGGGAGAAUCAAAAUGGAAUGGCUUUUACCAAAUCCUCCAUUGCAUGAAGAAUGCCACUUCUUUGCUGCUGCUGAUAUUGGUCACCGGCUUAGUCUAUUUCAACCCCGAAACCACCCCUUUGCUCCGCCUAGACAGCGAAGCCGACCCCCCGGGGCUUAUCGACCCGUCUUUCAUGGUUUCUGCAGCAAGAUUGAGGGAGAGGGUGGCACAGGAGAUGAUGGGGUUGUCUGGAAUUGCCGUUCUUGAGUUCCAGCAGCUGAGAGUGGCGGUGGAAAAGGUUAAAAGAGAAGUGAAGAUAGACACGGAUUCUGAAGUGGUCAAAGUUGAUGAAGGCAAGGUUGAGAGGUUGAGAGAUUGCUUUGAGACGUUGAAAUGUGAGGUUGAAAGCAUAAUUGAGCAACUGGAUGACUUGUUUGAUGAGAUAGUAGAAGGGAGAAAGAUGAUUAUGGACUUGUGCAUUCGUGAGGAGGAUUUAGAAGAAGAAGAACAAGGAGAAAUUAUACACCAAAAGAGAGUUAGACACAAAUAUCAUACCAAAUCACGUCACAUAUAAACAUAACACAUUCUUUUAGACGGGAACAUAAUUCUUUUACCUCAAAUCUAUAACAUUUUCUAGGCCGGAGUUUUCAUUUUUAUUCUUUUUAUUUUUGGAAAUAUCCUUCAAUUCUAAACCUAUAGCUAUUAUAGUAUUCCCUCAAGAUAAUGCCAAUAUCAUUGAUUAUGAUCACACUCGAACUUGAG